AUGAACACUCCGAACGACAAGCUCCAUUCGGCCAAAAUGUACGAUGAGCGCAACGCCAUGCUAACCCCUGCCGAUGGCUCCAUUGUGCCGCAUAUCCUGCUCUUUCUCGUGCAGAUGGCAGCGCUGAGCUCGCCACCUUUCCGAAACCGCAAGACAGUAUUUUCAGGCGCUAUCGUCAUCCUCGCCGUCCUUGCGAACGUCAACCGGUUCACAGACGAUCCCAAGCUGGCGCAAUUCUUCUCCCUCGCAUGGCCCCAUUACCUUAACGUGCUGGAAAAGCUGCUCACUGCCCCCAGUCCCGGUCCAGAGGCGGGUUUCUGGCGAGUGGAUCGCCCAGCACAGGAGGCCAUGAGCUUUGCGCCCUUCGGUUUCUCCAAGCUCGUCUGGGCGUUUGUUAUUUGGUUCAAUCUGCGAGGCAUUCGGUGGAACUACCAGGUCGCAAAUAUCCCAGCGGAACCCUUGGGGAGGAGUCCGGGGAAGUGGCGGUUUCUGGCAGAUCGUGUGCUGACCUUCAUCCGGUUGCUCUGCAUGGCCGACAUGUUGAGCCACCUGGCUAUCCUCAACUUCUAUACAACGGCCCAUGGAGGCCCCGUUGAUAGCCGCACGCUGACCACGCGGCAUCCCAACUUUGCCUGUCAGUUGUACCAGACCGCGACGGUGGGAAUGAUUCCGUACACGUUCAUGAAUCUGCAAUAUGUCGGAGGAGCCAUCCUCUGGGUUGUGCUGGGAAUCAGCCAACCGGCCGACUGGCCGCCGUUCUUUGGCCGCCUGUCGCAGGUUACGACUGUUCGGGCUUUCUGGGGGAAAUACUGGCAUCAGAUGAUUCGACGAACAGUGAAUGUGUACACAGGGGUUUUCUGUGAUUUGCUGCAUCUCCGACCCGGAACCAUUCGCACGUACAUUCGUCUCUGGCUAUCCUUUGCCAUCAGCGGCCUUAUGCACUGGGCUGCUAUUUACAUCAUCCCAGCGCCUAUGAACCUCAGCUUCAGCGAGCGCAGUGUAGGCUUUGUGAAAUUCUUCCUUCUACAGGCGGCGGCUAUCACCCUGGAAGAUUUCGUACAGUUUCUGUAUCAGCGGAUAGCCCCGGGAAUGGCUGCAACGCCCCGACGAUGGCAUCGAUGGCUGGGACAUGCGUGGGCAGUUUGUUGGUUUGGUUUCUCGCUGCCCUUUUUCCUCGAUAUCAUGCUGAAGAUGAAGAACCUGGAGGAACCUCUUCUUCCGGGCACUGUGAUGAGGCCAUUGGUGCCGUAUCUUGCGGCGUGUGCCACUUGA